UGCAAUGGAUGUAAGGAAUGCUGGAAGACCUUUAUUCAUUGUUCACAACUUAAAAAACAUUUGAGAAUUAAUAAUGGUGAAAAACGCUAUGAAUGUAGAGAAUGUGGAAAGGCUUUUAAUUAUGGCUCAGAAGUAAUGUUACAUCAGAGAAUUCACAUUGGUGAGAAACCCUAUGAAUGUUAGGAAUGUAGGAAGGCCUUUAGACUGAGAUCACAACUGACUCAACAUCAGAGACUUCAUACUGGUGAGAAACCCUAUGAAUGUGAGCAAUGUGAGAAAGCUUUUAUUCGUGGCUUUCAACUUACUGAACAUCUGCGAUUUCAUACUGGUGAGAAUCCUUAUGAAUAUAAAGAGUGUGGAAAGACUUUUAGGCAUUGCUCACACCUUACCAUACAUCAGGGAAUUCUUAUGGGUGAGAAAUCCUAUGAAUGCUGGGAAUGUGGGAAAGCCUUUAGCUAUUACUCAAGCUACUCUCACCAUCAGAAGAUUAAUUCUGGUCAGAAGCCUUAUGAAUGUAGUGAAUGUGGAAAGGCCUUUCAUAAUGGCUUAAAACUUAACCUACAUCAGAGAAUUCAUACUGGUGAGAAACCCUAUGAGUGUAAGGAAUGUGGGAAGACUUUUAGACAGUGUUCACACCUCAAAAGACAUCAACAAAUUCAUACUCAUGAGAAACCCUCUGAAUGUAUGAUAUGUGGUAAAACCUUUAGACUUCAUUCACACCUUAUUCAACAUCAGAGAAUUCACACUCGUGAAAAACUCUAUGAAUGUAAGGAAGGUGGGAAGACCUUUCUAUCCUCCAGCUUCUUGCACCAUCAGAGAAUGCAUUCUGGAAAGAAACCUUAUGAAUGUGUCAAGAUCUUUAAUCAUGGCUUACAACUCAAUCUACAUCAGACACUUCAUACUGGUGAGAUACCAGUAAAGUUUCCUCUCCUCCCUCCACAUCCAAGUUUCACUUCAUAAAAUUAUUUUUGGAGAAAAUACACCUUUUCCUCUCUAAUUUCCAUAUAAGAGAAAAUGUAUGACCCUUGACCAUCUGAAAUUGGCAUAUUCCCUAAACUAAUGUUCUUAAGUUCCAUCCAUUUUCCUGCAAAUGAUGUAAUUAAAGUUUUCUUCAUGGCUGAACGUAA